GAACGCCACCUCAACUGGCGUUGAAGUAAUAGAAUUUCCAAGUCUGUUUUUCUGAUUUGCCGGUCCAGGUACACCAUUUCUUUCUCGGUUUUUUGAAUGGUUUUCAUUAGGUGCACCCUGUACAACUCUUUUACCGGCAACUCGGAAACAUAUGGACGACAUUUAAUUCCUGCAGUUCUACAUACAGAUUUAACAUGGUUUUGACCGAAAAUCUCACUGUGUCAAGCUGUGCUCUAGAAGUUGAUGGACCGUCCUCUUGGUGAUGCCCAACCAUGUUCUGUUGAAGGACAAGAAUGUGCUAGUUUGUCCAUUAUCUAUGCUCAUCACUUCAGUGUACAUGUCAAACUCCAAAUUCCACUCAAGAAUGUAAAUGAAUAUGAAUGCCAGUAGCUAUACAUAAUAUUAAGACACACUUCAGUAGGCCCCUCCGGAUCUCUCCCUGUGGCAGCAGACAGCGUUUCCUCAUCAUCAUCAUCAUCAUCCUCCUCCUCCUCCUCCUCCUCCUCCUCCUCCUCCACCUCCUCCUCCUGUGAUGCAGGAAAAGAUACUGUUUCAGAAUACUUUGAACUACCAUCUGAGGCAAGAUCUGAGUAUGGAAUACUUACAGCUGCAGGGUUAACAAUUGCUUCAGUCGGAGGCUGAACCAGGCAGAUGACACCAUCCACGACUGUUGGGAGGCAGCAGUGCGCACCGCUGUGCUUAGUCUGCCGGAAACAACACCGGAAGAGGAACAGGAUAUCCGUGCACGAGCGCAGAAACAGUCAUGGAUGAUCGUGCCGUGUCUUCAGCAGUAGCAUCACCAGCAUCAUUAUCAUCUUCAUCAUCAGCAGCAGAAACUGUGGUCACUGUCCGUCUCAUCAGAUCGUUCGAGCACCGGAACUUCAGACCAGUGGUUUUUCGCGGGGUGUGUUUGGACCAGACUCUGCAGGAUUUCAUGCAGCUCGUCAGAGACGAUAUUGCAAGAAGACCGGAUGUUCUUCUGCCCUUCAGAACAUAUACGUAUGACACGAUGAAAAUUAUUCACCAAGCACAUGGAGCAAAGACUAACGAGCUGGUAAUGAACUUAGAAAAUGAUGAAGACCUCAUUCUGCAAGAUGACCAAACCCUUAGGGCUGCUGGUGUUGCAAAUGAAACUGAAGUGGCCUUUUUCAGAAAAGAAGACUACACGCUCUUCAAAGCAAAUCCCAAAACCGCCUGGUGAACACAGAGGACUGAGUGUCAUGUUUAUACUGUAAAGUUUUAGUUUAAAAUUUGAGCCACACUGGAAAGCAGUUUUCUUUCUAUUUUUCUCUUGGAAUAAUUGUGACCAUAAUAUUGUUUUUCAUUGUUAAAAUAUGCUGAAUAAAUUUUUCUAUGAAAAAAGGCAACAAAGUUUUCUAUGUUGCCUUUUUAAGUUUGUAUUAACAGAGUUCUAUUUAGUGUCCAGUUUUAUUUUUUAUUGGCAUGACUUUGGUCAUUUACUACAGGUGCGUUUGUGUGGAUAUUAGACAGUAAAUGUGUUCACUUUGAUGAAGUCACAGGCAUGCGUCCAUCAAUCCAUCCAUGUUAUGAAUGUCCUGAGUGAUCCACUCACAUCCAGCUCAGAACAGGUUUAACUGUCACAGAUAUCAUAUUAGGUAGUGGUUUAAUAAGGUUCCAUUCCUGAGAUGCAUGAAAGUAAUCCAUCCUCAAGGUGGAUUAGUGGAUAUCCUCGUGUCUUGUCCUCUUGUCUUGUGUCCUUAUGUAUUGUAUCCUUGUUUCUUGUGUGUUGUGAAACAUCCAUAAAUAGUAAAAAUUUAAAAAGGA